AUGCCGACUCUUGCGGUUGACAACUUCAACAUCGUUUGCGCCUGUCUUGGCGGUUUCAUCACGAUCUUUGGACUUGUCUCAUACCUCCUCAAAGAGAAAUUCUAUCUAUCCGAGGCUCUAAUAUCCCUCAUUGCUGGGGUCAUCUUCUCUCCCAAUGCUACCAAUCUGAUAAAACCUGAGGAAUAUGCUCUGUACGAUGAAGAAACCCUGCACAUGAUCACACUUUACUUCUCUCGCCUGGUCCUCGGAGUUCAGGUCGUACUUGCGGGAGUGCAACUACCUUCCAAGUACCUCAAGACGGAAUGGAAAAGCUUAGCUCUCCUUUUAGGUCCAGGAAUGGCCGUCAUGUGGCUGGUGACGAGCCUUUUGAUUUAUGCACUUGUUCCGCACAUCCAUUUUGUUGAAGCUCUCGCAGUCGGCGCUUGCGUCACCCCCACGGAUCCAGUUCUUUCGAACUCCAUCGUCAAGGGAAAGUUUGCAGACAAAAACAUACCAAAAGAGUUACAGAAGAUCAUUGUGGCCGAAUCAGGUGCCAACGAUGGCUUGGGCUAUCCGUUCCUAUUCCUCCCACUUUACAUUAUUCAGCACACUGGCCAGGGCUCCGAUCACAGCAUAGCCAACGCCAUGGGCGCUUGGUUUGGUGAGACAUGGGGUUAUACCAUAUUACUCAGUGUAGUGUACGGCGCCGUAGUAGGUUGGAUUGCCAAGGAACUUCUUCAUUGGGCAGAAGAGCGCAAGUAUGUGGACAAAGAGAGCUUUCUCGUGUUCGCUAUUACACUGGCACUCUUCAUAGUUGGGACAAUGGGUAUGGUCGGAUCUGACGAUAUCCUCGCGUGUUUCAUUGCCGGCAAUACGUUUACCUGGGACGAUUGGUUCCGGCUUGAAACGGAGGACGAUAGUUUCCAACCUACAAUUGAUAUGCUCCUGAACGUAUCUGUGUUCAUCUGGUUUGGCGCUGUUGCCCCGUGGAAGGAAUUCUAUACCAACAAUGUCAUCCCCAUCUACAGGCUCGUCUUUCUCGGCAUUCUCGUCCUGCUCCUUCGUCGACCACCCAUCGUUUUUGCAAUGCAUAAACGCAUUCAUCAAAUCGAAGAAAAGCGUCAGGCCAUAUAUGUCGGCUUCUUCGGUCCUAUUGGCGUCAGCGCGAUAUUCUACCUCUACAUUACACUUGACUAUUUGCGCAAAAAUGUUACGGUGGAUGGGGAGCCGAGAGAAGAUGCAGUAUAUCUGAUGGAGGUAACAAAUAUAGUUGUUUGGUUCCUUGUCAUCUGUAGUGUGAUCAUCCACGGCUUAACGAUUCCCAUGUCCAAACUUGGACUCUGGCUACCAAGGCAGAACACAGAAGAAGCUGUACAUGAGAUCGACGAAGGGCUUCGACGCCGUCAAGGAGGUUCCAGCACGGCUGCCAAUAUACUACCUCGCAGCGUGUAUCGGAUCGGGAGGACCAUCGUCCGGUCAGAUAAUUCUUCGCAGCCACAAUCACGGGGGGAUUCUCAGCCUCCCGUUCCGCUGUCCAGCGCGCCGACAUCAUCCUCGACCAGUAACGGCAAUGCGGUUGGUUCACAGGACAAGAUCGGUUCACAGGACAAGAUAGGUCUUCCUGACGGAACAAGCAGUGACACACGCGUCAACACACCCCAACCAGCUCAGCUCAACCAAAGGGCGAUUCGGUUCCCUGACGAAGUUGAGCAAUCGCAGAAACCUUAG